AUGGACGCACAAGCCAAUACAAGCCAAUAUCCCCCCGGAUAUCUCGAAGAUUAUAACGGACACAAACUCGUCGCUACAUGUAUCUGUUGUAUAAUCCUAAACAUAUUUUUCGUCUUUGCGAGAUUUACUUCGAGAUGGAUUCACAAUACACCGAGGGGAUGGGACGAUUUCCUCAUGGUGCCUGCGUUGAUAUUUUCGGUGCUGCUUGCUACUCUGGGUCUUGUCGGUAUAAACUACUGCGGCGUAGGCCAGCACAUCGAAGCCCUCAAACUCAACCACCCCUCGCAACUCCUCUCCCUCUACAAACUCCUAAUAUUUUUCCCCGCCACCUACGCCAUCGCCGUAACCUUCCCCAAACUAUCCAUUCUCGCCAUGUACCUCCGUAUAUUCACGGUACCCUUCUACCGCAUGGUAACCUAUACCGUUAUAUACAUACUCGUGAUCUCCUCGACUAUUUUAUUUAUGAUGAUGCUCUUCCAAUGCACGCCUGUGGAUUAUUUCUGGAACAAAGCUAUUCCUGGGGGCAAAUGUCAUUUGGAUAUUGAAAAGCUGUUUUUAUAUGCUAGUUUGCCUAAUAUUAUUACUGAUGUCGUUAUGUUGGCACUACCGCUCCCGUUUAUUUUUACGCUGAAUAUGACGAGGAAGAUGAAGGUUGGGUUGGGUAUUACGAUACUUACUGGAUCGAGCGGUCUCGCAACCUCCAUCCUCCGCUUCAUCUCCUUCUCCCACCAAUCACUCUUCCCCGACACACCCCGCGCCGCCGUCGACCUAGCCCUCUUCACCAUCCUCGAAACCUGCAUGUAUAUAAUCGCCGCCUGUCUACCCGCCUGCCGGCCUCUCUACAACAUCUUGCGUCACCCUACUCGCAACAUGCAAAACAUGGGUGACGACAACCCGAAAGAUCUUUUAAAUUCACCCCAUGACAGUAGCGGCAGAAUCCCGCUUCAGGAUAUCGAACUUCAACAUACACAAACAGAGACGCCCGACGGGAGCGAAAGCGAAAAUGAUAAUGGUAGUCGUGGUCGUGGUGAAGAAAAUCAAAGAGGAAGAUACCAUGGACUUAGCGACGGAUUCCGAGGAAUGCAAGGACGAUUCAAGAGAUUAGGAUCUGACGCCGGCCUAUUUCUAAGCAGGAGGGAUACAUCACCUCACCACCCAUCAGCCCAUCCAUCCCACCCAUCCCCCCAAUCUCACACCCCCACCCAGCAAGAACAACCCCCCUCCCAGCCCCCCCUCAACUCCAGCCUCAACUCCAGCCUGCACAAAUUCCACAAACUACACUCACUACGCUCGUUGUCCCACGAGCGAAUAUCUCGGCACCCAGAACGAGUACCGGUAUUUGAAACACCACCUGAACGAGUACAUAUAGCCGAUAUGCACAUUGGACAUGGGGAGGAUAUGGAACGGGAUAAGGAUAAGGAUAUGGAGCGGGAUGCAGAGCAAGCAGGGAAAGGUGUACAAGGUGGACAAGGCACUUAUGCCCGGGAUGGGAUUGUCAUUCGGGUGAAACAGGAAUAUGAUGUUUAUUAUGAUCGGACGCCUUUAUGA